UUCAAGUCCGACCUUGUACUCAUACUGUCUUGCAGCAAGUCGCGGCCGCUUGCCCCACUACGGGCUAGCGUAAGCGAGUUAUUCGAAUUUCGCACACAGAAAUAUCCGCAGUAAAUCGCAAUCCAAACUUCGAGCACUGUCAACAAUUAUCUCUCAAGAUGACCGAGCAACUCAUCCUGAAGGGCACCCUUGUGGGACACAGCGGAUGGGUUACGUCCCUCGCUACAUCUCUCGAAAAUCCCAACAUGCUCCUCUCCGGUUCGCGCGACAAGAGCUUGAUUAUCUGGAACUUGACCCGCGAUGAGAGCUCGUACGGAUACCCCAAGAGAUCUCUGCACGGUCACUCUCACAUCGUAUCCGACUGUGUCAUCUCUUCCGAUGGUGCAUACGCCCUCUCUGCUUCUUGGGACAAGACCCUCCGCCUCUGGGAGCUCUCCACCGGUACGACUACUCGCCGAUUUGUUGGCCACACCAACGAUGUUCUGUCCGUCAGCUUUUCUGCCGACAACAGACAAAUCGUUUCGGGCUCCCGCGACCGCACAAUCAAGCUCUGGAACACCCUCGGUGAUUGCAAGUUCACUAUUACCGACAAGGGCCACGCCGACUGGGUUUCUUGCGUUCGAUUCUCCCCCAACCCUCAAAAUCCCGUUAUCGUCAGUUGUGGAUGGGACAAGCUUGUUAAGGUCUGGGAGCUCUCUUCCUGCCGAUUGCAAACCGACCACAUCGGACACACUGGCUACAUCAACACCGUGACCAUCUCUCCCGACGGAUCGCUCUGCGCAUCAGGCGGCAAGGAUGGAACCACCAUGCUUUGGGACUUGAACGAGUCAAAGCACCUCUACUCUCUGAACGCCGGUGAUGAAAUCCACGCACUCGUCUUCUCCCCCAACCGAUACUGGCUCUGCGCCGCCACUUCCAGCAGCAUCAUCAUCUUUGAUUUAGAGAAGAAGAGCAAGGUUGAUGAGUUGAAGCCCGAGUUCCAGGCCGUUGGCAAGAAGAGCAGAGAGCCAGAGUGUGUCAGCUUGGCAUGGAGCGCGGAUGGUCAAACUUUGUUCGCUGGAUACACGGAUAACAUCAUUCGGGCCUGGGGUGUUAUGUCGAGAGCGUAAAGGAGUUUGCUUGCUUGCGGGAAAUCAUGGACUGGGAGACAAAGCGGGAUUUGCAACUUCUUGCCAAUUGGCAGAGUGUACUCCAGGAAUGGCAUCGCCUUGUGCUCAGUCAAAAAUGAAUACUAAAAAAUGGCCCGAGAUCUCUACAAGUGAUUGUUUUAGGCGUGGUCAUAGGUUGGGCACACUUUAAGUUGAAACCAGCACACAUAUCAGGAAGUCUAGAAGUCUAGACAACAUCACAAACGGCCAGAAUGCCAAUGUACAUCCAGGUGUUUGAGUGUACCUGAAAGCCUC